AUGGACCUCUUCUCCCUGCACAACACAACCGCCCUCGUGACUGGCGGCACCCGGGGCAUCGGCCAACAAAUGGCCAUUGCCCUCGCCGAAGCCGGCAGCGACGUGAUUCUCAUCCAGAGAGACCCCUCCAACCUCGAAACCAAACAACUUAUUGAAUCCCUUGGCCGCAAAGCACCCAUCUACACUGCCGACCUCUCUUCCCGAGAAUCCGUCUCGGCACUAACCCCCACCAUCCUCGCCGACAACCACGACAUCAACAUCCUAGUCAACUGCGCGGGCAUCCAACGCCGACACCCCAGCCAUCUCUUCCCGGACAGCGACUGGGAUGAUGUCCUCCAAACCAACCUCACCACCAUCUUCACCCUCUGCCGCGACAUCGGCGCCUACAUGCUCACUCGCUCCCCAGACCCUCACGACGGCCACCGCGGCUCCAUCAUCAACGUCGCCUCGCUUGUCUCCUUCCAAGGCGGGAUUACGGUCCCUGCGUAUGCGGCUGCCAAGGGCGGGGUGGCACAGCUCACGAAAGCGUUGUCGAAUGAGUGGGCAUCCCAGGGGAUAAACGUGAAUGCGGUAGCGCCGGGGUAUGUAGCUACGGAGAUGAAUACGGCCUUGUUGAAUGAUGAGAAUAGGGCGAGGGGGAUCUUGGAGAGGAUUCCGGCCGGGAGAUGGGCCACCCCGGAGGAUUUCAAAGGCGUCACGGUGUUUUUGGCGGGACGGGCGAGCAGGUAUGUGUCUGGGCAGGUGGUCGUGGUUGAUGGGGGGUGGAUGGGGAGGUAGUUUACAUCUUACAGGUGGAUAAUGGACCGAUUGGAGCUUGAAUAACCUAG